AUGCCACUCCCUGAGGUGCACACAGACAUCACAAACCUGCUGCAGCCUACGUGGCACCAGCCCAACGCCAAAGCUCCGGUCAUAGUCCAACGCUGCCAUGAAACGCAAUACACUCCACAUUCAAUGGCUGCUACGUUAUGGGACCCUUCCACCCCCUUUUACAGAGAGGCCACUGGGAUACCCCCUCACAUCCCUCUCCUCCUCCUCGUCGCUCCCUCUAUUUAUCCGACCCGAGUGUUCGUCUUGCUGGACCCUGUAAUCAUCCUGGACCUGCAAGAGAGGAACAAAGAGAUGGAGAGGAGGUGGUGGUUUCGCCAGUGUGCACUAAAAGAGUGCUACACGGCAAACGGGGAGGACUACAGAGGGUUCCAGAAUGUGACCAGCCUGCAUGGGGGUAAACCGUGUUUGUUUUGGAAUGAGACGUUUCAGCACCCGUACAACACGCUCAAAUACCCCAACGGCGAGGGCGGCCUGGGCAGCCAUAACUACUGCAGGAAUCCAGAUGGGGACGUUCAGCCAUGGUGCUACAUCGCGGAUCACGAAGAUGGCAUCUACUGGCGCUACUGUGACAUCCCCACCUGCCAGAUGCCUGGAAACCUGGGCUGCUACAAGGACAGCGGGGACCCUCCCACUCUGUCCGGCUCCAGCGAAACCUCCAACAAGCUCACCAUCCAGAACUGCAUCAGCUUCUGCCGCAAGCAGAGAUACAGGUUGGCCGGGAUGGAGUCGGGAUAUGCCUGUUUCUGCGGCAACGAGGUGGAGCUUCAGGAGAGCGGGGAGUCACCUGGCAUGGAGUGCAACCACGUCUGCUUCGGGAACCACAACCAGCCGUGCGGGGGCGACGGAUGGGUCAUCGUCUUUGACACUCGAGUGGGGGCCUGCGGUGGAAACUACUCCUCUCCCUCUGGGGUGAUCUACUCGCCUGACUUCCCAGACAAGUACAACGCGGGCCGAGUGUGCUACUGGACCGUACAGGUGCCCGGAGCCGCCGCCCUGCUCUUCAACUUCACCUUCUUCGACAUCUCGGACCAGACGGACAUGGUGGAGAUGUUGGACGGGUACACAAACCAGGUGUUGGCGAGGUUUGACUGGCUCAACCCUCCGCGGGAGCUGGUCAACAUCACCGGGGACUUUGUCAUCUUGUACUUCUUCUCGGAUCGCACCAACCAGGCCCAAGGAUUUGCCCUGCUUUAUCAAGCCCUGCAAGGCCCGGACAGAGUGGACUCAGAGGAGGACGGGGAGGACAUUUCCAGUACGACGGGCCCCCAGCUGGCAGGGGCCGUGACGGAGCGCUCUAACGGCACCACCGGGGGGCGCUCCUCUCAGAUCCUCUAUGUCAUCACGUCCAGCCCCGGGAAACAAGAGCACAACAUGCCAGGUCAGUGGGCUGGACGCUCCCAGACCACCGGCCACAGCGCUAUGUGGACCAUCUACGCUCUGGCCGCGCUGCUGGUCCUCACCGUCAUCGCCAUGAUCGCCAAGCUCCUGCUGCACAUCACGGUCAAGGCUCCCAGCAUCCCUACGGUCAGCGGUUCGGACAGCUGCAGUCAAAGCACCACCUCCUCGGAACCUUGGAUCAUCCUGUACCAGCCCUCCACCAUCUCCCUGUUCAAAAAGAAACUCAAGAACCACCACGGAGACCUGAGCCCUCUGGUGGGCAACUAG